AAUGCAUUGAGCAUGAUAAACAUUUUUCUGUUUUAUUUUUGAAACUUGAAUAUCGCAUAUCGUUUAUAAAUCAGAAAAAUAUGUUCUGUUGAAUGACUUUACAUAGGUGUAUCGCGUUGCGAAGGGAAAAGUUAUGCUAUGUUUGCCAGUGAUACGGGGAGAAAAUAACGCUUUAGAAAUAUAGGAAUCUUAUCACUGGAGGGUAAAUAGGGCCAAUAAAUACUAUAUCAUAUAGUCUAUACAAGAAAACAUUGAUUAUAUUUAACAAGUUAUUACAUAAGAAAUCAUUACCAAUAACCAUGAUAUAGUCAAUUUAGUCAUCGUGCUUGACAAGGAAAAUCUACGUCAGAAAGAAACUGUGAAGACAGACAAAUGGGUUGCGGAGGAUCUAAGACCGCAGGAACGACUCCCAGAGGAGGGAGAAACACCAAGGACAACAAAAAAGGAAGGAACAAUCAGGGUGGCAAAGGAAACAAUCAAGGAAAAGGAAAGGGGAACAAAAACAAACAGCCCGUAAAUGAGAAGGGUUAUAAGAAACGUAUUAGGGAGAAUCUGCGUCAUGCUGCGGCAGGUAAUGAUAUAGAUGAAUUACAGAAAUGUAUGGAAAUAUUUGAUAAUAAUCACAUGGAAGACGGGGGAGACUACACCGAAGCUGAACAGAGACUAGACUUUCUUCAAGUUAGAAAAGAGAUCCGGGAUGCAUGUAUGAGGCGACAUCCGGUUGUGUUAGAGAAAGCAAUACAGAGGGUGGAGGCAUCUCCAUAUAAACGGCAACUGAAUGCCUACCUUAACAGGGCAUAUUACCUGAAAAAACAUCAAAAUGAACUUGAUACAACGGACGAGCCAAACAGAUUUCGGCAUGAUAUAAGUGACCUUGAUCAGUCGACUAUUUCAGAGAUUCGUAGUUACCACCACCCUCCUAACGGUGUACAUGAAACAAUGUGUGCUACAUAUAUGAUAAUUGGAUAUCCAGAAAAACACCUCCUGGACUGGACUGAAAUAACAGCUUUGAUGGGUCGCUAUGGUAAAGACAGUUUGAUAAGAGAGGUUCAAACAGUAGACCCCAACAAGAUAGACAAAACAACAGCUUUAAGGGCGAGGAAUUACUUGGGUCAGUACAGCUUGGAGGAGAUCAGAGUAGGCAGUACUGGUGCAGCGGCAUUUUAUGUAUGGGCAUCAAAAAUGGUCGGCAAGCCAGACGGCAAAGCCACAAAGGGUGAAGAUACUUCUCCCAAAAAGUUAACUAACUCCGGCGGAAAAGGACAACAGGCGUCCAACAAAGGGGACAAUCAGCCGAAAACACCAACCGCAUCAAUGCGAGAUGAAAAUACUAAGCAAGCCAAGCAGCAAUCGAAUAUGAAACAAAAGAAUAACGCGCAAAAUAACGCCAAAAAUAACACAAAGCAGACACAAAAUACAGCAAAGCAGACACAAAAUACCGCAAAGCAGACACAAAAUACCGCAAAGCAGACACAAAACACCGCAAAGCAGACACAAAACACCGCAAAGCAAGGAAAAGACAAUAAAACCAAACAAGCAAACGGCAGUGUCAAAGCAGGGUCUACAAAGAAGGGGUAGAACAUUGCAUUCUAAAUGAGUCAUUUGACAAUGAUUGAAUCAUGAGAUUACAGGCUACUAUUUCUUUGUGAUAAGUGUAGGGACAAUAAAUUCGUAUCUUCGUAUCACAUUGAUCAGUUGUAAUACUAAUAUGUGAGUUUAUGCAAAGGAAAACACAAAACAAAUAUAUACAAAUGUUAGUUAAAAAUUGUUAAUGUAUAAUGGACUCAAUAAUUUGAGUUUUAAAAUAUCUUUCAUUAAAUCUAACUCAAAACAUCUUAAUAUUUGUAAAUUUAUCUAUGAUUUAGUUCUGUUUGGUGGAACUUUAUUACCUUCUGUCAUUGGUGAGGAUAUUUUGAUUAAAAUAUGUUAACUGUCAUAAAAGUAGUAACAGAAAAUGGUCUUCUUGCACUAAUUUAUAUAUUUGACGCGGACAAUUACAUUUUGUAAAAUAUGUAUAUUUUGAAUAAGAAAUCAGCUAAAGAGUUGAUUUUAAAUUGUUUAUACAUUUCUACAAGCGAUUUUCAACUCUUGAACUAUUCCUGACUGUGUCACAUAGAAUUUACGAAUUUCCGCUAACAAUUCAUGUUUUGUUAGUCAUUCAUUCACUCACAUUUUGUUUUAGAUUUAAAUUGAAUGUAUUUAUUUAAUUGACUUAAGACAAAUAUAUAACAUGAAAGCAUGACAAUUAAGCAAUUUGUGAUAUUUUUCCAUGUCUGUGAUAUUUUAUUUGGGUUAGAGUAGGAAUGAUAACUCUAAAUGUAUUUCAUAUCAUUGCACACUUAAUUACCUCUCUUCUUAUUUUAAGAAAUAUCAAUUCGGAUUUAAAAUAUAUUUUUAGUGUUAUGUUGUUACGUAGUUUUUUAUUUUUAUUAAUUUUAUGAAAUGAUAAAGUAUUUCAUAUUUAUGCACAUAUUUAUUUAUAAAUGUCAUAUCUUAGCCAUAAGCUUAUGCUUAGUUCUUUGAGCAAUGUCCGUUAAUUAAACCCAACGAGUAACAUGUGCAAGCAUCGAUUGCCUUGUUCAAAGUACUGAUACAAAUAUAGAGGUGUAGAAGAUGGUUUAGUGAUGACAUUGAAACAAUGUUUGUUUAGAGCUAGGAUCGAUAGAUAUAAGUAAACGAUACGAUCAUACCUUUUAAAUCGGUAUAUACUCGGUACAUACCUGAACCAACCCUUGUCAUUCUAGUAGUGAAAGCUAUACAUUGUGCUUGAAGGUGCAAAAAUAA